GGGAUGUCCAAUGAAUUGUACAACUCUAUUGCUCGGGUAACAGAUGGAAUUUAUGAAGGCAUAGCGAUUGGAGGAGAUGUUUUUCCUGGUUCUACACUUUCCGACCAUAUUUUGCGUUAUGACAACAUCCCCCGGUACUUGGGGAAUUGGGUGGACGAGAUGAGUAUUCUCUAGUGGAAACCUUAAAACACGGGAAGGUGACAAAACCAGUUGUUGCCCGGGUCAGUGGAACCUAUGCACGACUCUUCAAGUCUGAAGUACAAUUUGGUCAUGCUGUAAUGCUGUAUGCUGCUUCUCCAUUAUCUAUGACUAAGUUUUCAAUUAAAGGAUGUUAUAAGAGGACAACAUUCCUAAUGCCUCUUGGCCCUCGUACACAUAUAUAUCAGGGAGCUAAAAGUGGUGGUGAAGUGGAGUCUCCUCAAGCGAAGAAUCAAGCACUUAGAGAAGCUAGAGCUGUUGUUCCCACUUCAUAUGAAGCUUUUGAAGUUGCAAUUAAGGAAACAUUUGACAAAUUGGAUAGUUUGCAGUUUUUCUUUCAUCCUGAGCUUUUGCUAUAUUAUAAAUGUGAGCCUUAUUACCCUCCACAAGAUCCCAACCCCUAAAGAGAGCAGUGCUUGGAGAAAUUUCUCUAGUGUCCUUCAUUAGCUAUAAUGCUUUUGGCUAAUACUUUUAUGGGUAAAAGAAGGGAAAAUCGUGCCAGUGAAGGAGUUUACUCCUCCAGAGAUUCCUGAAGACCUUAAUUCUUCAGUUAGGAAUGGAAAAGUCCGUGCUCCAACUCAUAUUGUUUCCACAAUCUCUGAUGAUAGAGGUGAGGAGCCAUGCUAUGCUGGUAUUCCCAUGUCUAACAUUAUUGAAAAAGAUAUGCAUCAUGUGUUAUGUGCAGACCAUGGUCCUUGUGUCUCUGGUGCUCACAAUGCUGUAGUGACAGCAAGGGCAGGGAAGGACCUUGUCUCCAGCCCGGUAUCAGGUUUGCUUACAAUUGGUCCUCGAUUUGGUGGUGCCAUUGAUGAUGCUGCUCGUUACUUCAAGGAUGCUUUUGACAAGAAUCUUACACCUUACGAAUUUGUUGAAAGUAAGAAGAAGGGCAUCCAUGUGCCAGGAAUAGGGCACGGUAUCAAGAGCAGAGACAACAAAUAUAAGAGGGUAGAGUUGCUACAAAAGUUUGCAAACAUCCAUUGUCCUUCUGUGAAAUACAUCGAAUAUGCCGUUCAGGUUGAAAACUACACCCUUAAAAAGGCAAAUAACCUGGUUCUCAACGUAGAUGAUGCAACUGGGUCCCUUUUCUUGGAUCUUCUUGCCGGCAGUGGGAUGUUCACCACUCAAGAGAUCAAUGACAUUGUCGAGAUUGGCUAUUUGAAUGGGCUAUGUGUGCUGGCUCGCUCCAUUGGACUGAUUGGGUGAGUUGCAUCUUCUUCAUUGUUCGAUUUUUUCCCCAUCUGGACCCUUUGUUUUGUUUUAUAUAUGAGAGUAGGUCCACUGGUCACGCAUUAUUGUUGUUUCUUUUUUGUGGCCUUUUUAUCCACUUGUCUCUUGUGGACCAAACUCCAAACAAGUCCACUUUCAUCCAUGAGGUGGUCCUACGUUCACUGAUACUGAUUGUGCUUAUUUGUGAUUAAGUGUACGGUAGUGCUGUUGCCUGUA